GUUGACCCCGCUAAUCACGUGAGUUUGUAUAAAAACCCAACACGUGAGCUUGUUCUCCGUGUGGGUUUGUUCUUGAAGGUGAAGCGUCCGCCGGCCUCCAUCCAAUUCAACCAGAAGAUGUCGACCCUGUCUGCUGCCAGCGUGGAGACUGCUGCUGUGACUGACAGCACAGAGCAGAAGAAACCAUUAAAACCAUGCUGUGCUUGUCCUGAAACAAAGAAAGUCAGGGAUGCAUGCAUCAUUGAAAAGGGAGAGGAAAACUGCACAGAACUCAUUGAGGCACACAAAGAUUGCAUGAGGCAGCUUGGAUUCAAGAUUUAACAUCUCCCUUUUUUGUGUAUGUGUGUGUGCUGUGUGAAUGGAAGAUGACCCUGGAUAUUCCUUUCUUCUUUCCCCCUAUUUAUACCUCAGCUGGAAGGGAAACGUGAUAAUGAUGCACUCUGGCUCGGAUGGAUGAUUGUCCUUCUGUGUUUUGUGAAUUUUUUUUUUUUUUUUUUUUAAAGUCUGCAGAAUUUGAGAAAUGUGACUCUAAAAUGCUGUCUGAAAUUGAAUAAAAAUCCUAUGCAAUAA